AUGUCUGACAAGACCGCCACAGCACCGAGCAGCGAUAGCCCUCCUAUUUCCAAGAAUCCAGGAGACCCUUCGCAACCUGUCGAGACUUCGCCCAAGGCCACUUCGCAGGAUGACGACACACCAGACGAGCCCGAGGUGGUCAGAUUCUCACCAGAAGAGGAAAAGGAACUCCUCACCGAGUCCCAGUCCCACAAGAGCGAGGCCAACGUCCUGUUCAACGCAGGCUCAUACACGCAGGCCCUGGCCAGGUACUCGGACGCAACGUCUGUCUGCCCCAACUACCUCGACUUCGAAGUCGCCGUGCUGCAGUCCAACAUCUCGGCCUGCCACCUGAAGCUGGAAGAGUGGAAAGACGCCAUCGGCUCGGCGACCAAGGCCCUGGAGAAGCUGGACAAGGUUGACCACCAGCUGGCCGAGGAGGAGGAGGAGGAGGAGGAGGAGGUGGAAGAGGAAAUCGUGUCGUCCGGUGCUGCCAACUCGGCACCUGCGCGGGCCAGAGGUGAGGAAGAAGAUGAUGAUCCGGCGACCGUCUCCCGCCUCAAGCGCAGGGAAGACUCGAGGCGCAUCCGCUACAAGGCCCUGAUGCGCCGUGCUCGAGCUCGCAGCGAGGCGGGCGGGUGGUCGAACCUGGCCGGCGCGGAGGAGGACUACAAGCUGCUCUCAAAAAUGGACAAUGUCACGGCCGGUGACAGGAAGAUUGUUGCUGCACAGCUGCGGUCCCUGCCGCCGCGGGUCAAGGCGGCGCAGCAGCAGGAGACGGCUGAGAUGUGGGGGAAACUCAAGGAGCUGGGCAACGGCAUCCUGAAGCCCUUUGGACUGAGUACGGAUAACUUCAAGAUGGAACAGGACCCCAAAACGGGCGGGUACAGCAUGAACUUCAAGCAAGGUUAA